AUGUCUACCAAUGUUGUGUCAGGCUCGAUCGAGCAUAUUAAAUCAACAAGCUGCACCGGCCGCGCUCUAGACCUAAACUUCUUUCCCUCCCACCUGCCUGCACUCUUUGAAACGUACUCAGAAAGGCUGGAGAUUCGGGCCUACACGUGGACAGACGAUGACUUGGUUCUCUUCCAUCAAUGCAAUCCACGGCUUCGGAUAGAGAGGCUCGCAAACGGAAGGGUGUCGGUGAAGCCAGCUGAUGGCGCCAACGUAGAGGCUCUUCAAGAGGAGAUUCUACGGCAGCUUAGGAGCUGGAAUGAAGAAAGAAGUCCGGAGAGGGGACGAUGUUUCACUCCUCCGGGGGGGUUCUUCCUGCCUGUGGUCAAGUCCCAGCGGUCCCCCCAGGUGGCGUUCACGGGGAGAAACCGGUGGCACCUGCAGAUGGUGGGGAAACCGAUCGGGGGGUUGCUCGUGCGCGCGUGUCCGCAGUUGUGUGUAGAAGUGGCCACCAGUAAAGAGACACUUGAGGAGGCGAGGGCAAAAGCAAAGGAGUAUCUAAUUGCUGGCUGCGAAUUGGUGUGGAUCUUCUACGCCGAGAAGAAUGUGGUCUUUGUUUACCGACGGGAAUUUGAUGAGGAUUUCGUUGUGAAUCCCACUGAGCUGCGUGGGGAUCCAUUCCUCCCCAACUUUGUACUUAGAGUAGACGAGUUGCGAGCUAAAGGUGUUUGGUUUUAAACCUACUAGAUUGACGGCACCAGCUCAUUUUAGAUGUUAAAAGCUUGUACAUAUUAGACUGACACCAGUAGCCUGCCAAUUAGAUGUACAUGAGAUCAGUAAAGCACACCAAAGUUAGGCAGUGGAAGGGCAUCUUGACAGUAUUCAUUGCAGGUCAAGCUAAGGCUCCCAACAGAAAUUUCCGAGGCUGCUGGUGUAAGUUCCGUUAGCACUUGUAGACAUGUUUUAUACUUGUCGAGCAUUGACGAGCUUGAUUGGAUGCUGUCCGCG